AUGGCGUUCGACCGCAGUCUCUGUACAUUGGCUACUUGUAGCGUUGAGCAAUACGGCUGGUACCACUAUGUACCUAACCUCGGCGCCAACGCCUUUUAUCUUGCAGUCUUUGCCAUUUUCGCCGUUAUUCAGCUCUACCUCGCGAUCCGAUACAAAGUUUGGGGCACCUUUGCUGGUGGUCUGGUACUGGGUUGCGUCGUAGAAGCGAUUGGCUAUGCCGGUCGCGUUAUGCAAGCCCGGGGGGAUGGCAUAUUCAAGAAGAAGUACUUUGUUAUUCAGCUCGUGUGCCUUACUAUUGCACCUGCUCUCAUCUCGGCGCCGAUCUAUCUGUCCCUCGGGCGAGUCGUCAAAGCAUAUGGAAGACAAUUCUCACUUAUGGCGCCCCGCACAUACGCAAUUAUCUUCAUAUGCUCUGAUGUUGUCUCGUUAGUCCUCCAGGCUAUGGGCGGUGGAAUGGCCGCGGUUGGAAAGACGCAAAAGAAGGUUGAUAGAGGUGUAUACAUCUUGGUAGCCGGCUUGGCUUAUCAAGUCCUAUCUUUGGGUGUAUUCAUGGGCUUGGCAACACACCUCUGGACUCGCAUCCGCAAGGGUACAGAGAGUGCCAACCCUCGGUUCCGAGAGUUGCGGGCUUCUAGACAGUUCAGGUCGUUUAUCUGGGCCCUUAGCAUUGCUACUAUCACGAUCACUAUCAGAUGUAUCUAUCGUGUCGUUGAACUCUCUGGUGGCUUCAAGUCUGAGGCUGCCAAUGAUGAGCCAUCUCUGAUGGUCCUCGAUGGGCCAAUGAUCAUGGCGGCCCUUCUUGCACUUACCAUCUGUCACCCGGGACCUCUGUUCUUUGGCGAUUGGAAACGACUUGGUGACGACUCGGGAUAUCCUGAGAUCGCUUCAGAUGUUGAGCAGAUCAAGACGGAGGUUGAACGCAAGAAGUGGAAGCCGCCCAGAGCUCAGCAAGAUGCCGAACCUCCGGAAGCUAGAGAGAUCCGGAGCCUGAAAGCACAACUACAGCAAUUACAAGGACAACUAGCUCAGUAUCAGGAUCAAGAAUAUGCGACCGCGACUCAGGCCGUGGACUUUGGGGAUGUGAACAAUACAAGCGGCAGCAUGAAGCUCCCCGCGCUGCAGCAAACUAUGCACAUGAUCGGGAUUUAUCUCAAUACCUUCAACUCCAUGAUGCCUUUGUUUGAUCCUGAUUCCCUUCUGCAACUCGUCGGAGAAACAUACGCUACGCAGCCUCGUGAGCGAGACCCCGUGGCAUGGGCUGCCAUCAACGUUGUUCUCGCCUUGGCACGGCAACAGAUGCCGGACGAUGGCGACGCAGACGCUCAAUUUGGAACUAUCAGUGAUUAUGUCAACAAAGCACAAUCAGUUGUAUGGGCCGUCACACUAGGCGAAACUCGACUGCUCAAUAUCCAGACAUUAAUUGGCAUGGCGAUGUUACUACAAGCAGGAAGUGACAUGACGCCAGCUUCAGUCAUCAUAUCGGCUACCAUGCGCCUAAUCCACAAGAUGGGACUGCAUAACAGAAUCUCCACGAAGAAUUUGAGUCCCGUUGAGCAAAGGCAGCAUGUUCGUGUCUUUUGGUUGGCUUACAUUGUGGAUAAAGAUCUGAGUCUGCGUGCCCAACAGCCUUCCGUUCAAGUUGACGACGACAUUGAUCUUGAUCUGCCUAUGCAACUAUCCGGUAUUGACGAAGGUGAUGCUCAGGCCGGUAUAGUUACCACGGUUGAUGGUAACACCAAGAUGAACUACCUGCUUUCUCGUAUUCAGCUAGCCAGUAUCCAAGGCGAUGUCUACGAUCACCUGUACUCAACUCGCGCAUCAAAAAGAACACCUGAAGAGAGAAGAGUUUCUAGGGAAAGAAUUGUCCAAUCACUCAAUCAGUGGAAAACCACCGUACCGGCAGAGUUCAACGGGGCUAACGUCGUGGCAACUACAAGUAACAAUCCCUCUACGGCCACCUUCCUUUGUAUCCUUCACACGCGGAGUCUCCUGUGCAUGACGCUCAUAACUCGAGCCCAUGCUUGGGAUGAGCAGUGGGUCGUUGGUAUACGCGACCAUGGGCGAGGGACUAGCUUAUUGGAACUACCCAUCGAGUGGAAGACAAUGGUUGAAGAUGCGAGGAAUUACAUGAUAUUAUAUGAGCAGCUAUACCAAAGGUUCGCUGCGUGCACAUACAUCUCAGCGAUGGUCAUGCUAAUGGCAAACAACCUCAACAACUCGCAACAAGCGGAGUUUCAGCAAGACAUAAUGCAUGUCGACAAGGCGCUUGUGUGGUUUCAAGACUUCUUCAAAGACAAGUCAACUACAAUGUCUGACAUGCUCGGGGAUAUCUGCACCGAAGCUGUCGAGACAAUGAAGCAAAAACGUGCUGAAGAUAUCGUUACGAAUGUUGGCGAUAACUGGCUCGCAGGCUUUCUUGACGAUAGAGCAACGAUGAGGUGA